UUUUUUCCUUUUUGGAAAAGCAUUGUUCAACUGGACUGAUAGGAUGUCCCACUUUGAUGCAGUUGUUGUAUUCUGUCAUUUAAUCUACAACAGUAGUCAAAAUAUGACACUGCAUUUACUAUGUGUUGAGAAAAAGGCAGCAAAUAAAUAUGUAACCAAAUUUUUUCAUAUUUUCUAAUGUUGAUGCCAUUCACAGGGGCUAGCUGUUCUAAUUAAAUUAAUUUCCAUCAAUUAUUUGAAGGUAUCAAGAACUGGAAGAGUAAAGCCUGCUCACACUGACAAGUUCAAAGCCAGGUCUGAAUGCGAAGCUUAUCUCCCUCUGCAGGUUGCAGAAAUCUGCCAUAAUGAAGGCAGGAACAAUCAGUGGUUGUUGACAGCUCUUAAACACCUUCCUUUAAACCUUCAGUAGUUGUUUGUACUCAAGAAUUAUGGGUGAGUUACAAAACUGGACAGACCUGCUGAUGUCAGAAGCCUUUAAAGACAAGGUGAUACCUGCAAGUCCUAUCAGAACACAGAGAUGGACCCAGCCACCAGAAUCACGUUUACCUUGAUGCUUCUCUUUCACAGUUCAAUGUGUUCUGCUGAGGAAGAUGAAGAAGGUUUAUUCUGUCCAGAAGACCAGAGGGGCUUUGACGAUGCCUGCUAUGAGUUUGUUGGUUUUCAGCUUUCGUCUCAAAAAGCCCAGGCGUGGUGUGAACGAGGCGGAGGCCACCUAGCUUUCAUCCUUAGCGAUGAAAUACAGCAGUUUUUUCAGACUCAUCUGCACCCGGACAAAGACUGGUGGAUUGGGCUGGCACCGGUAGCUGCAAAUCUCACCUUAGACUUUUCCUCCACUGAAGGCUCUUUGGCAUGGUUGGAUGGCUCAGAUGUCAGCUAUGACAACUGGGCUAAUGCACCCGAUGCAGGUGCAACUUGUGGACAUAUUCUGAGGCACUCAGGUUUCCAGUGGGAAGCCUCACAAAACUGCGGCCAGGAAUUUAAUUUUAUUUGUCAAUUUGAUACUGGAAAAACUAUAGCAUGUGAAAACCAAAAUGCCACAUUAAAAUGUGGCUCCGGCCAAAUGAUUGAAAUUGAAGAUGCUUUUUAUGGGCGAAAAACAGUCCAUUACUGCCAAUCAAAGCAGAACUCAACCCCCUCACUUUCCCAGCAGGAGUGCAGCUGGAUAAAUGUGGUAGAUUCUGUAACAGCUCACUGCCAUGGACAGCAGGCGUGCCAGGUUCCAGUGGAUCUGAAUCUAUUCAGUGAACCGUGUGCUGUCCUGGGAAGUUACCUGUCCAUUGAGUACCACUGCAAACAAGGACUUCACUUACUGAUUAGCAAACUGGCAUCUAUCUCUGAUGAUGUCACCAUCACUGUGAAAUGGCUCCUUCAUCCAUUUCAAGGAAACUUAACUUGUGCAGUAAAUGCAGGAGACGGCUAUAUCAUUGAUCCAUACAUCCCCGAAGAGAUGGAGAGCACAGUUAUUCAUAAAUUUCAACAUCCUGGUGUUUUCACGGUAGAGGUGGAAUGUAGCACCAGUGACUGGCAUGUUUCUGCUGAAAAAUCAAUAACCAUUCAAGAGCCUGUUGGAGGUUUGAGUGUGACCAGAUGCUAUAGCAGGGAUGUAGCAACAGAUGGCACUAAAUGCAAUGCACUUCUCAGUAUGCCUGUCUACAUCCAGCUUCAGGUGGAGGCAGGUACAAAUGUCUCCUACACAGUUCAUCAUGAAGCCCACGUAAUUGCAAAUUUGUCCGUGGAUAAUGGGAUUGCGCCCACCAAUGCCACGCUGAAUGCAAGUGUGGUGCAGAGGCUUGGACAAGGUUGCCACAACUUGUCCGUAACUGCAUCAAACAGAGUUACAAGCCGUACAGCAUCCUCUGGUCUGGUGCUGUGUCUGCUGGAGCCGGUGGAAGGCUUGCAGGCCUCUUUGAUCACUGAAGAAGAACUGUGUCCAGACUCCACUGACCUCAUCAUCAGUGUCUCGCUGGAGCAGGGAACGCCCGUGGAGUUGUUAUUUAAUUUCUCUGGAACUGCGGACACGCUCACUGAAAUGAGGCACAUGUUUAAUAAAAGUGGGCAGAUGUAUACAUUCUCCAAUCCACUUGAAGGGCUUUCAAAAGUGAUGAUUAGAGCCACAAAUGCUUUUUCAAGCUCUGAUGUGGAAGUAGACUUGGUGGAAGUUCUCCGGGUUUGUCAGAACCACACUGAGACUUUGCUAAGUCAAGAUGGACAAAAGGGGAGCCUUGCUGAAUGUUACUUUAAAGCAGGAAGAAGGCCACCGAUUGAGUCGCAGGACAGUCACACUGAAUAUGUUGUUCCCAGUCGAUAUCUAGAAGCCUCAAGAAGGAUGCUGCACAACAUUACUGUUAUUGUUUAUGGAAAGACAGUGCCAGGCUUUGUAAACUACACUCUUCCAGUGCCAGGUUUUCACCCAGAAGUGACAUUUGAUCCCCCCGCCGUCCCCUCAUGUAGCAUCUCUCCACCUUCAGGAACUGUGCUUCAAACGUUUGACAUCACCUGUGAGGCAAAAUCUUUCUGUGAAGCAGGUUGUCUUUACUGCUUUAAGACCAGCACAGGGAAAGAUUUGUGGUGCACUAGUGCAAAUAAGGUGAAAUCCAUUUUCCUGCCUUCUGGAGAUGAGACAAAUAAUGACACAUUGACUUUGAUGGUGACUGUGAAAAAUAAAUACACAACUAUUAAUACAACUGUUGCCGCUCAGGUUCGAAAAGGUAACUCCAGUACCACAGUAACAGUUUUGGGGUAUGCAGUGGAGAAAAGUGUGAGUCAGUUAGAAGAGCAAGGCUUGCUCUCCUCUGAGGCACUUGGACAAAUAUUUACCUCAGUCUCUGAUAUCCUGAAUUCAGAGUGGGGCCAAGAACAGAAAGACAACAGGUCUAAGCUAAGGGAGCGAAUGCUGACCAAAAUGACUGGAGUUCUGUUGAAAUCCCCCAGCAACACAACCCAGGAAGUGCAAGUGAUGGCCAGAGCUGUGGCUGGACUCACGCAGAGCUCAGAUGAGCUCAGCGAUGUUGCUCAAGUACAGUACAUUACCUCACAGUCAGAAACUAUAUCAGGGUACAUACAGUACAGACCAAAAGUUCAAGCAGGUUUCAUUCUCUCUGCAUCUUCUCCACAGGAAAAAGCCACUUCACUGUUGGUAGACCUCAGCUCCUCCCUCAAUGUUAUCACUGUCAAUCAGCUCGGCGGAGAUGAUGAAGUUUUACAGGCAGCCACGCCAAUAAUUGAAUCAGCCAGCAAUGUUUUGAAUGUUUCAUUGUCAAGUAGAAAAGUCUCAGAUUCUCUUCUCACUGGGAUCAAAAACAUUCAAAGCGCUUUGCUGAAUAACAGAAAGAUGAAUGGACAGCCAGCAAUCAUUGACUCUGGUCAAAUCAGUGUGUACGUUAAUAGAAUAUCUCCAGAUUCUAUUCAAAUGCAGAAUAUAAAUGGUGUAAGGAAUAGCUCCUCCAGAUUUUCCUUCCCCUCACUGCCUGCUGACAUUCUCUCUGUGGAGGACCCAGUGGAUGUCAGAAUGAUAAGUUUUGAAAAAAACCCAUACUCUUGGAUGGAGGAAAACAUCACUGGAACUGUGGGAUCCUUAUCCCUCACCAGAGCAAACGGAACAGUGAUCCCAGUUGAAAACCUACCUGAAGAAAUUGAGAUUUUUCUACCAAGAACUGACAUGGGACAAGAGAACAGUACAGUCCUUGAUCUCGCCUAUUUCAGCACCCUAAUGAUUGACGUACCAUCACCUGAUGUGACCCUGGUCCUUAAAUUGCAACCAUCUGAAGAUCUUUCCUUUAUCUUAUUGUUGGGUUAUAAGGGUUAUCCAAAUUACACCAACUAUGUUGCCAAGACUCAGUUCCCUCUAGAGAAUAUAAAUGAAGAGGAGAAAUUCACCUGGGUGUUGAGGCCCAAGGACCGAACACGUGAUGUUGGAGUUCACUACCUUGUCAUCAAGCCCAUUGUAGAGCCAGGUGUCAAAUCCAUCAAUGCCACAGUCACUGUCAUAUCUGUUGCUGCUCAGUGUAAAUACUGGAAUGAAUCAACAUCCUCUUGGAGUGAAGACGGAUGCAGGGUGGGGCCACUCACCACUCCAUUAGUGACUCAGUGCCUCUGUAACCACCUGACCUUCUUUGGCAGCUCUUUUUUCGUCAUGCCAAACUUGGUGGAUGUCUCACGCACAGCGGAGCUCUUUGCAACAUUUGCUAAUAAUCCUGUAGUUGUGUGUUUUGUGGCGACCAUUUUUGCUGCAUAUGUGCUUGUAGUUUUAUGGGCACGCAGAAAAGACAUCCAAGACUCAGCCAAGGUCAAAAUAACAGAUCUUGGAGACAAUGACCCUCUGGCUGAGUACCGUUACAUGCUGACAAUUAGCACAGGGCACCGCCGUGGCGCAUCCACUUCCUCACAAGUGACCAUAACUCUGCAGGGAACAGAGGGAGAAAGUGAGCCCCAUCACUUGACAGAUCCUGAAAAACCAGUGUUUGAAAGGGGAGGAAUGGACAUGUUUCUCCUAACUACACACUUUUCUCUUGGGGAGCUGCAGAGCAUAAGGCUGUGGCAUGACAAUUCAGGAGACCACCCUGCAUGGUAUGUCAAUAACGUGAUGGUGCAAGAUCUGGAGUUAGGCCACAAAUGGCACUUUCUGUGCAACUCAUGGCUGGCUGUUGAUGUGGCAGAGUGCACUCUCGACAAAGUCUUUCCAGUAGCUACCGAGACAGACAUGAAGAGAUUCAGCAACCUGUUCUUCAUGAAGACAGCAAAAGACUUCAGAGAUGGCCACAUCUGGUUUUCUGUCAUAAGUCGGCCUCCCUGCAGCACUUUCACACGUGUGCAGCGGGUGUCCUGCUGUUUCUCCCUUUUGCUGUGCACCAUGCUGACCAGCAUCAUGUUCUGGGGCAUUCCCACAGACCCCUCUGAGCAGACCAUGGAUCUCGGACACAUUGAGUUCACAUGGCAGCAGGUUAUUAUAGGAAUUCAAAGUUCAAUCAUCAUGUUUCCCAUAAAUCUUCUCAUUGUGAGUAUAUUCAGAAACUCUCGUCCUCGAGAGAAAGUCACCAAAACAGAUGUGUCAAAGCAGGGAAACACUGUUCGAGUUUCUCCCUCGGAGACUUCAUCUUCACAAAUGGAGAUGAAGAACAUCACCCCAGACACUGUGAUCAAGGACAUAAAAAGAAUGGCUAAAUCUCUAUCAAAAGCAAUGAAGAACCCAUUCCCGCACUUGGAGCUUGGUCCUGAUCAGCACGCUGACAUCAACACUCUGCUCACUGUCCUGGAGAAUAUCAUCAGACAGCAGAAUGAAGCAACAGAAAGCUUCUACUCAGAUACCUCCAAGACAGAUAAUGCUAUGAUCCUGACUUUAGGUUCAGUAAAUCUACAAGAAAACUCUGUUUGGAGCAGCCCAGUAAAGACUCCUAAAGACUUUCAGAAGAUUAGCAACAACAGCAAAUACCUCUACAGACAGCUGCAUCAUGUUGAGAAGGAGCUUGGUCUCUUGGGACCCUCUCGCUUUCCAAAUCCCAACAACUACAACAGAGCCAUGCAACAAGUUCAGGGACUGAAAAGUCAUUUGGAGUCCAGCUUGGAUGGAGAUAAGCCCAGUCCAGAAGGAAGCAUCAAUGGCAGCACUAAAAAGAAGCAAAUCCAAAGGGGGCUUCCGUGGUGGUUUGUGUUUGUCGGAUGGAUACUAGUGAUUGCAACCAGUGGCGUUUCAGGAUACUUUACAAUGAUGUACGGAUUGACGUACGGGAAAGACAGAUCAAUAAGUUGGCUUAUCUCAAUGGUGGUCUCCUUCUUUGAGAGUCUAUUCAUCACCCAACCUUUGAAGGUGCUCGGCUUUGCAGCAUUCUUUGCUCUUGUUCUGAAGCAAGUUGACCUCGACGAAUUCGGAGAACCUCAGAUAGAGGAAAACUUUAAAAGAACAGAUGACCCUGAAGUGGUGCCAGCAGACAGAAGAGACAGUACAUGUAGUUUUUAUCAACCUCCUCCUCCUACUGACAUUGAAAAGAUGCGAAACAGCAUGAUUAAAGAGCAAAAGGUCUUUAGCCUCAUUAAGGAGAUUUUGGGUUACAUGGGAUUUAUGUGGGUGUUGCUUCUGGUGGCAUACGGGCAAAGGGAUCCCAAUGCAUAUUUUCUCACUCGACACAUUCGCCAAAGCUUCAGCAAAGGAAUCUCAGACACAAUGAGUAUCCAGGAUGUGUUCACCUGGGCAAACACAACUCUCCUUAACAACCUGUUUGGAGAGUACCCUGGAUUUAUUACAGAUGGGAACUCCAAGCUGGUGGGUAAUGCGCGACUUCGUCAGGUGAGAAUGCAGAAAGGCUCCUGUCUUGUAGCUCUGCCCAUGCAGAUAUCUGUGCCGGACUGUCAUGCUCUGUAUUCAUGGGAAUUGGAGGACACGGGCUCCUAUAGCCCAGGCUGGAGUCCCUUAAGUGGGAAUAAUGCCACACUGAACCCUCACAACCCAUGGAUUUACAAGUCUCAGCAUAAACUGAGAGCCUACCCCAUCUGCGGGAAUGUGAAGCUCUACAGAGGAGGGGGAUUUGCGACGGAUCUGCUCCCGGAUUUAAAGAACUCCAGCAGAGUCCUUCAGUACCUUUAUGAUAACAUCUGGCUUGAUGUGUACACCCAAGCACUCUUUGUGGAAUUCACUGUGUAUAAUGCAAAUGUCAACCUCUUUUGCAUUGUCACCCUCAUACUGGAGACCACAGCCACAGGAGCAUUCCAGUUUCGCAGCGAGCUUCAGAGUGUGCGACUCUACCAAUCGACCGGUGGUCUCCACAUCUUUGUCAUGGCCUCUGAAGUUGUCUACUUUCUGUUUAUCAUCUAUUACAUGUUUGUUCAAGGAAAGCUAAUGAAGAGACAGAGACUAGCUUAUUUUCAGAGCAAGUGGAAUCUGCUUGAGUUGGCGAUAAUUUUUCUCAGCUGGAGUGCAUUAUCUGUCUUUAUCAAGAGGACUUUACUGGGGCAGAGGGAUGUAAGUCAAUAUGAGAACAACAAAGACCAAUUUGUCAGUUUCCAUGAAACAGCCCAGGCUGAUGCAGUGCUCGGGUAUCUGAUUGCCUUCCUUGUACUGCUGGCCACGGUCAAACUGUGGCAUCUGCUGAGACUGAAUCCCAAGCUGCACAUGAUCACAGCCACACUGCAGCGAGCUUGGACUGAUAUUUCAGGCUUCCUGGUGGUCAUAGCCAUCAUGUUCCUCGCCUACUCUGUUGCUUCUAACCUGAUGUAUGGCUGGAAGCUCUACUCUUACAGGACUCUGCUUGAAGCUGCUCAAACCAUAGUCAGUUUACAGCUUGGCAUUUUCAAUUACGAAGAGGUUUUGAAUUAUAACCCACUGCUUGGGGCCUUCCUGAUUGGCUCCUGCAUUGUGUUCAUGACCUUUGUGAUACUGAACCUCUUCAUCUCUGUCAUUCUUGUGGCUUUCACUCAAGAACAGAUUCAUCAUAAGCCUUCUGAAGAAGAGGAGAUUGUGGACCUAAUGCUGAUGAAACUAUGCAGCUUGUUUGGAUUAAAAUCUAAGAAAAAAGAUGAUGCCCUCACUGAGGAAGCACCUAUUUCAUCUGCUUUAGAAACCAAACAGUUGACAAUUUCUACCACUGACGUUCAUGACGGAUGGUCUGUUAGUCUUGUUAAAUAGAAAAAGCUUAGCAUACUUUGCCUAAAGCAUCAAAUAGCUGAUGUAAUGGGUUGUCAUGUUGUGGCUUUGUAGCGUAAAGAAAGUGGUUGCAGUAGAAUCUAUAGUGUUUAUCUGUUCAUGAGCCAAAUUGUCACUCAUGUGUAGAGCGCUGCAAUGCUAGCAGGCACUAUCACUUGCAAACAUGCAUAAUAGGAACAGAAACAUUUCAUUUAAGGUUCAUAAUUUUAUGAAAUGAAUACAUUUGCAUAUUGGUGUCAACUUCUACAUGUUGCUGCUUUAUUUGCACAAGUGCAUUGCUUGCAUCAAUCUUCUACUUCCAAAUUUAAUUCCCUUGAAAAGGCCAUCUAUUAUUUUAACUGCUGCAUCCAUUAAGGUGAUAAAUGUGUAAAAGCAUAGGAAAUGUAGGCAAAUGAUUUGAAUUUUGCAAACAGGUGUAACAAAUUGUUUCAGUUAUUUAAAUAAAAAUGAAAAUGGCUAAUA